CCCUGCGGCUGAGAGCAGGAAGCAGAAGUCGGGCGGAUGGAGGAACAGUUCAGCGUUUGGGUCUCCACUUUUACCGUUUUAUUCUAUCCCUGAACCGUGUUUUGUCCGCUUUAAGGAGCUGUAAACCCGCGAUAACCGCUUCAGGAUUAUACGCCGCAGUGUUGGACCGAGUUAAACCCGGUUUAAACCGCGCAUUUUACACGCCCAGCCGUGUGGAUUCAGAUAAGGGCGUGAGUGUGUGUGUGUGAGAGAAAGAGAGAAAGAGAAAGUGUGUGUGAGUGUGUGGGGUUGUUGUUGGGGAGAAGAAGCCUUGCAUGGUGGAUAGUGUGUGUAUGUGAGAGUGUGUGAGGGAGAGAGAGAGUGUGUGUGAGUGUGUGUGAGGGAGGAUGGGCUGCACGCUGAGUACCGAGGACAAGGCGGCGGUGGAGAGGAGCCGCAGAAUAGACCGAAAUCUGCGGGAUGAUGGAGAGAAAGCAGCGCGAGAGGUUAAACUGCUGCUGCUGGGAGCGGGGGAGUCGGGGAAGAGUACAAUAGUCAAGCAGAUGAAAAUUAUCCACGAGGCGGGUUACUCAGAGGAGGAGUGUAAGCAGUACAAGGCCGUGGUGUACAGUAACACCAUCCAGUCCAUCAUCGCCAUCAUCCGUGCCAUGGGACGCCUCAAAAUCGACUUUGGGGACACGGCACGAGCGGACGAUGCCAGGCAGCUGUUUGUGUUAGCAGGCAGUGCGGAGGAGGGCUUCAUGACGGCCGAGCUGGCUGGAGUGAUAAAGCGUCUGUGGAAGGACGGAGGUGUGCAGGCCUGCUUCAGCCGCUCCCGAGAGUAUCAGCUCAAUGACUCUGCUGCAUAUUAUCUGAACGAUCUGGACAGGAUAUCUCAGGCCACCUACAUCCCUACGCAGCAGGACGUACUGAGGACCCGCGUGAAAACCACCGGCAUCGUGGAGACUCACUUCACCUUCAAGGACCUGCACUUCAAGAUGUUUGAUGUUGGAGGUCAGAGGUCAGAGAGGAAGAAGUGGAUCCACUGUUUCGAGGGCGUGACGGCCAUCAUCUUCUGCGUGGCUCUCAGCGACUACGACCUGGUGCUGGCCGAGGACGAGGAGAUGAACCGGAUGCACGAGAGCAUGAAGCUGUUCGACAGCAUCUGCAACAACAAGUGGUUCACGGACACGUCCAUCAUCCUGUUCCUCAACAAGAAGGACCUGUUCGAGGAGAAGAUUAAAAAGAGCCCACUCACCAUCUGUUACCCCGAGUACGCAGGCUCGAACACGUACGAGGAGGCGGCGGCGUAUAUCCAGUGUCAGUUUGAGGACCUGAAUAAGAGGAAGGACACUAAGGAGAUCUACACGCACUUCACCUGCGCCACCGACACCAAGAACGUCCAGUUCGUGUUCGACGCCGUCACCGACGUCAUCAUCAAGAACAACCUGAAGGACUGCGGACUCUUCUAGAAACCUCCCACGGUGGAGAUAAGUGUUUCGUGUUUUCCCAUGAGGCCGUGUGUGUGUGUGUGUGCGUGUGUGUGUGUGUGUGUGUGUGAGAUCAGUGCUGUACAUUGCGUCUCGUCCCUCUGCUUAAUUUAUGCGUUUCGUCUCUCAUCCUUUUUAACAUCUUUAACCAUUAAAGGGAAACGUUUCAAUCGUCUUUAACGCUCGUAGCCGUGACGCUUUUUUUUUUUUUUUUUUCUUCCUCCUCCUUCACGGUUUAUCUCCCGCGCCUUGUUUUUGUUUUUAAGUUUCGAAUUGUGUUUUCUCUGUCCCAUGUCCUCGUGGACAGUUUUACAGCAGAGGGACAUCUCGGCUGUCGGGGUUGUUGUGCCUUGCCGUGUUUUUUUUGCUCACUCAUGUGCAGUGUGUUUUGGGUCCCCCCCCCUUUAAGAAAAUGUUAUAACGUGUAAAUAAAACUCUUAGUGGGUCAGAGGGGGCGGAGCUUCGUGUCCACUCGAUCAGCUGAUCACAAACUUGAUGUUUUGUAUAUGACGUCAUUUUUUUUUUUUGGCUUUGUUUGUUUUACUCGUUUCCUUAUCCCUUAGCUUAGUUUAACUCUGCUGACGUUUCCUCUCCAGUUGCGAUCCGAUCGUAAGUAGUUAGCUAGCAUUAUAGAGUAUAGCAGCUUAGCAUUAUUAGCUGAGCUAGUCAGCUACCUGAUCACAAUCUAACGAUUUAGCAGCGUUACUUAAUCUAGUCGCGUACCUGAACGGCACAGUGCGCUAAUCCAUUUAGCAAGCUAAACUGCCAUUGUACAAAACACCGUUUUUUUAGUUACGGAGUGUAAUAGUUUAGCAGUACGCUAGCUAACACCGUGAAGGGUCAACGUUAGCCGAUUAGCUAGCUAGGCUAACGUUGGAGGUACCUCUCCAGGAUCUAGCUAGCAACAUUUGGUAUUAUGCUAGCUGUGAUGAGGUGGUACGAUCUCAUCAGUGAACGGGGGAUUAUAUUUUACUUAAGCUCCGCCCAUUUUGACCCAUGGACGCCUGUAAUCCACAUUUUGUGUGUGUGUGUGUGUGUGAAAGAGAAAGAGCGCUCUGUUCGGGGCUGAAUGUUGAUCCCGUGCUCAAUCUCCUCGGCAACAAGAGGAUGCUUUGGAUGGAUUGGCUGUGCUUUUGGAUGAUUGGAUGAGAGAUUUGGGGUUUUGUUUGCGUGUGUGUGUGUGUGUGUGUCCAGAAGCAUCGGCUAGCCGCCAUCUCUAACUCGCCAGUGAGGAUCUGUUUUAAAGUUUUAACAAACGCCUGUGUUCAGUAAUUCAUGAUGUGUUCUCUCUCUCUCUCUCUCUCUCUCUCUCUCUCUCUCUCUCUCUCUCUCUCUCUCCCCAUCUGUCCGUGGGAACAUUUGUACACUCAUGACCCUUAUUUUGCUAAUAAAAAAUAUUUGCAAUCCA